AUGCUCAGCAACCUCGAGCAAGCCAUCACCAACGUGCUUAUAUGUAAGCAGACUCCCGACUACUUCAACGUCCUGCGCGAAUACACCGAUAUCUCUCGGCUUCCAAAAGCCAACAAGGAGAAAGAAGCACCAAAGUUUCUGGAACGCGCCAUGGGCAAAUAUCCAGCUUCUGGAGAGAGGGCAGGUUCACCAUUAGCCGACCACGUUACUUCAAUCAACAGGGAUUUGAUGCAGACCAGGCUCGACGUUCUGAUGUUGUGUACGCCGUUUGCUAAGAGGUUCAAGUGCCCAUGUAUGUGUGGGGAAAGUUUAACGAGGGAGAGAAUAAUCCACAAGUUGAACCUUGUUGAUGGAGAGGGAGAGCCCAAACCUGUCGGGUGA